GUUUGACUUCUAAACUGAGAACAGACGGACUACAGUCACGCUUCUCUCUGCACACCGGACCCGCGGCUUCACAACGCAAGGUGAAUCAUGAGCAGCAGCUACAGUGUCUCCCUGGCUGGCCCUGCCCCCUGGGGCUUCAGACUGCAAGGAGGGAAGGACUUCUGUAUGCCCCUCACCAUCUCACGGCUGACUGAUGGAGGCAAAGCAGCCAGAGCCAAUAUGAGUGUUGGAGACGUCAUUCUGUCCAUUAAUGGCGUUUCCACAAAUGGCAUGAAUCACCUCGAGGCCCAAAACAAGAUUAAGGCCUGCACGGGCAAUCUCAGCCUUAAUCUACAGAGACCCUCCAGUGCCCCUAAAGAUGGAGUACCUAAGGACGAACCUCAAGAAAUCAUUAAGCCAGUCCCAAUCACUCACCCUGUCCCGAGCACUGCAUACACCAAGACAGCCCGGCCCUUUGGGGGGGACAGCAGUGUGGUCACAGCUUCCUCCGUGGCUGCCCCCUCCAUUCCCUCACAAUCCUCCGCUUUCAAGCCAGCUGCCCCUUCUCAACCACCACAGCCUCCGUUUCUGCUGAAGUCAAGCCUCCCUGCCACGGAGUCCCCUCCAGCCAACUCAGUUCCCAGGCCCAGUCCUGCUCGCCACACCUUCACCCCCCCGUCUGCCUCUUCCUCCUCAUCCAACUCCUCUUCUCCAGCUAGAGUGACAGCCCCCUCCUCCCAUCCUAAUGUCCCACAGCCCUCCGUCUAUAACACACCUAUCAACCUCUACUCCAACAACAAUGCUUGUGAGGUGGUCAUUGGACAGAGACGCGGCCUUUUGGAGAGCCAGGGGUUGUCUGAGCCCAUCAAUGGGAAACCCAAUGUGGAGCCCGAGGAUCAUGCGUCCCCGCUGAGCGAUGCCAGCAAGAAGCGUCUGAUUGAGGACACGGAGGACUGGCACCCGCGAACCGGCACCUCCCAGUCCCGCUCUUUCCGUAUGCUGGCUCAGCUCACCGGCACUGAAAAUGAGCCUGCUCCAGAGAUCAGUGGAAGGAAAGCGAACAAGUUGGACCCAGAAGUUAUAGGACACAUGUACAACAAGCUGAGAGAUUGGCAUCAUGAUGUUUCAGCAUGUGUGCUCAAUGUGCAUGAGGCAGUUGACAAAACCACUCCCACUGUGCACACCUCGCCUGCAGCGAAAACCUUUUCCAAAUCUGCAGCAUCACCCAGGAAUGGCAACAUCGUCCCUGCUUCCACGUUCAAGAGCCCAGCGGCCCAGAACAAGUCUUCCUUCCCGCCUGGAGGUCCAGCAGGUUUUACAAAGGUCGGAGCAGCUCCUUCAUUUGGCAAGGUUACCAACCCGGCUGCCAAAGGUCCAGAUCGACCCACCCCACAGCCACAUCCACAGGACCUCAACUGUGUGGUGCAGCGGGCUGAGCACAUCCCAGCCGGGACACGCACCCCAAUGUGUAACAAGUGCAACAUUGUCAUCAGGGGCCCAUUCCUUGUGGCCAUGGGCAUGUCAUGGCACCCCGAGGAAUUCAACUGUGCUCACUGCCACUCCUCCCUGGUAGAAAAUGGAUUUGUGGAGGAGAAGGGCCAAGUGUACUGCGAACGUUGCUACGAGCAGUUCUUCGCUCCCACCUGCGGCAGCUGCCGCCAGAAGAUUCUGGGGGAAGUCAUGAAUGCCCUGAAACAGACCUGGCAUGUGUCCUGUUUCGUCUGUGUCGGCUGCCAACAGCCAAUCAGGGGCAACACAUUUCACAUGGAGGAUGGACAGCCAUACUGUGAAAAAGACUACUACAAGUUGUUUGGGGCGAGUUGCCACGGCUGUGACUUUGCCAUCGAGGCAGGGGACAAGUUCCUGGAUGCUCUAGGAGUCACCUGGCAUGACACCUGCUUCGUGUGUGCGGUCUGCUCUACCAGUCUGGAAGGUCAGGCGUUCUUCUCCAAAAAAGACAAGCCUCUGUGCAAGAAACAUGCCCACACUGUCAACAUCUGACCUGCCUCUCAUGGAUAUGUAGGGCAAAGGUGUCAGUUUACAGCAACUUAUAUUCCAGUCAGAUGUUCCUUAUUUUCAGAACUAACAUUGUGUCAGAGGUUCCACUAUAAGCUUUAUUUUUGCUCUAAUAUUGUUAUGUCAUAUCAGUUUGAAUAUGCAGGAGUACAUUUCAAUACACUGUCAGCCCCCUGCCAGUUCAAAUGUCACCUGCCGAUGCACAUGUUUGCGCUGAGCUUUUUAUUUGUGCUGAAGCUUUGUUGAGCUCUUGAUGGGCAUUUUAGUUUCACACAGAAUAUGAUAGUUUACUGCAAUGACCUACUGAGCCCCUCGGGGGUCACAUACUAUAAAGAAAUAUUGAUGGGGAAAGGUAUGCUAAUAGUUAAGUGAGUGAACGUUUUAGACAUUUUGAUUGUUUAACAUUAAGGGGAUAAAUUAUUUAUUUGUAAGCAAGGAUUGCUCAGCAAAAAGACUUCUGGGAAAUUUUAAUAUGUUUUUUUUUUAUUGUUAUAAAAGUAUGUGGUGUGUAACCAUUCCCAGUAAAAAAAAAAGCACGAACAAGUAAUGUGUACAGCAGUGUGAAAAUUAGGCACUGCAGGUCAAGUUUCAUUGUUAAACCGGAUAAUAAUUAUAUACUAAGGAUAAAGUACAGUCAUUAAAGAGACAACCCAUAAUAGAUUGAAUGGUGUUGUUUAUGUGUGUUUUGUUAAACAUUCAUUAAACUCGCUCCUGGCAUUAAAAUGCACAGAAUUUGAAUUGUUUUUGUUAAAUAUGGAGGAAGUGAACCCUCUGCUGUGGCAGUGUGUUUCUGCUGUUUUCUACUGUCAUGAUGAAUUUGUUGAUGUUUUUCUGACGUUUGAUGGAACUAGUCCAAUUAACACAAAACAAUGCUAAUUAAUAUUUCAGCUUUCCUUUGUCAAAGACAUAAUCUGUAUGCACAUUGGACAUAAAUAAAGUACCUCUCUCUCUC